UGUAAUUUUAUUGAUUCGUCUCACCUCAGUAGCCCAAGUAUGACCACAAAUAAUAUAGAAAUUGAUGAUGCUCUGCACAGUCAUCAGCGCUAUGUUCUUGGAGAUGGGGCCAUGCAGAAGAUGGCUAAGUCACACAUUUUCCUGAGUGGCGUCGGAGGACUUCGUGUGGAAAUAGCCAAGAACAUAGUCCUUUCAGGAGUAAAGGCACUUACAAUCCAUGAUACACAAAUAUGCCAAACCUGGGACCUAGGAUGUAAUUUUUUUAUUCACCAGGAUGACAUUGAGAAGCACAAGAAUAGAGCUGAAGCAUGCCAACAUCGUAUUGCAGAACUUAAUUCUUAUGUCGAAGUUUAUUCUAUGACUACACCCUUGGAUACAACCACAGAUCUGUCUUUUCUACGGCAGUAUCAGUACAUGGUUUUAAUGGAAACCAAGAUUGCACUACAUAAGAGGAUAAAUGAAUUUUGCCAUUUACAGCAGCCCCCCAUAAAGUUCAUCAGUGCUGAUGUGUAUGGUAUCUAUUCUCAGUUAUUCUGUGACUUUGGAGAUCAGUUUGAAGUAUUUGACACAACUAGAGAGAAGCCAAAAGAAAUUUUUAUUGAGAAUAUCACACAGUCAAAUCCUGAAAUUGUCACCUGCAGUGACAGUCGGCCUCACAGACUGGAAACAGGACAGUCAGUAGUAUUGCAUGAAGUUAACAGAAUGUCUUCAUUAAAUGGUACCAUGCACCAGGUAACAGUGAUUUCACCAUAUUCCUUCAGCAUAGGAGAUACAACGCAUAUGGAUCCUUAUCAGCAUGGAGAAAUAGCUGUACAAGUUAAAAUGCCCAAAAUAUUCUGCUUUGAGUCUGUUUCAGAACAGCUUUUUGAUCCCCACUGCAUUAUUGUAAACUUCAGCAAACCUGAGACACUGUUAGAAAUUUACACUGCAAUGUGGGCCUUGAAUGAAUUCCAGGAACAGUCCAAUCACUUGCCAUAUAUUGGAUGCCUGCAAGAUGCUGCGACACUGCUGAAGCUAGCAGAAUCUGUAAGUGACAGACUGGCAAAGAAACCAUCUAUUAAUCCAUGUCUUGUGAAAUGGCUGUCUCUAACUGCAAAGGGUUUCCUAGCCACUUUUGCUGCAGCUUCUGGAGGAAUAGUUAGUCAAGAAGCAUUGAAAGCUGUGACAGAAAAAUUUUCGCUGCUGCAACAGUGGUUGUACAUGGAUUCAAUGGAAGUGACUGAGCCUCUUGAACAUGCUGGCAAUGAGCAGUUUUUGCCAAUGGGAGAUCGUUAUGAUGCACUUUGGACAUGCAUUGGAGAGUCCAUGUGUCAGAAACUUUACAACUUGAAUGUUUUCUUAGUGGGGUGUGGAGCCAUAGGCUGUGAAAUGUUAAAGAAUUUUGCACUGCUUGAUAUUGCUAGCAGACAAGACAAAGGAAUGAUCAUGGUUACAGAUCCUGAUUUUAUUGAAAAGUCCAACCUCAACAGGCAGCUUUUGUUUGGACCACAUCAUAUACAGAAGCCUAAAAGUUGCACUGCAGCAAUGGCAACUUUGGAGAUCAAUCCAGAGCUAAACAUAGAUGCUCACUUCAACAAAGUUUACCCAGCAACUGAGAACAUUUACAGUAACAAAUUCUAUAUAAAGCAGAAUGUGGUGGUUACAGCAUUAGGCAAUGUGGAAGCAAGGUGGUACAUUGACAGCCGCUGUGUAGCAAACCAGUCUCCUCUCUUAGAUUCUGGCACUAUGGGUACCAAAGGACAUACUGAAAUCAUUGUACUACAUCUGACUGAAUCAUAUAAUAGCCAUAGAGAUCCACCUGAGGAAGAAAUUCCAUUUUGUACCUUGAAAUCAUUUACUGCACUUAUAGAACACACCAUUCAAUGGACAAGGGAUAAGUUUGAAAGUGUAUUUUUCCACAAGCCUUCACAAUACAACAACAACAUUUAA